AUGCGGUUACUUAAUACACGCACGCUUGAGGUGGAAGAGUAUGGAGGCGGAGAGUUCCCACAAUAUGCAAUUCUCUCACAUACGUGGGGGAAGGAGGAAGUUACGUUGCAGGAUAUCACGUCGCAAGCGACCCACAAAUUGAAGGGAUAUGAAAAGAUCUUGGGAGUUUGCUCCAUUGCUCGGGAGAACCGCUUUGAUUACAUCUGGAUUGACACUUGCUGCAUUGAUAAGACAAGCAGUGCGGAACUUUCAGAGGCUAUAAACUCAAUGUACCGUUGGUAUGAGGAAGCAGAAGUUUGCUACGCAUAUCUAUCCGAUGUCCCCCACGGGCCCGUCUGUGACGACGAUUUCAGGAACAGCAAAUGGUUCACUAGAGGCUGGACUCUUCAGGAGCUUAUCGCUCCAUCGACAGUCAUCUUCUUCGAUAGUGAAUGGCACAAGAUGGGUGAAAAAUUAGAUCUGCAGCAGCAAAUAUCUGAAAUAACCGGAAUACCUGGUAAUUUCUUAUUGGUAGACGACGUAGCAUAUGCUAGUGUCGCUCAAAAAAUGUCAUGGGCUGCAAAGAGAAAGACAACAAGACUUGAGGAUGUCGCCUAUUGCUUAAUGGGAAUCUUUGGAAUAUCCAUGCCGAUGCUGUACGGUGAAGGAACAAAGGCAUUUAUCAGACUUCAAGAAGAGAUUAUACGAACUACGAAUGACCACAGUCUCUUUGCUUGGACAUCAACAGAUCAUCACGGUGGGAUUCUUGCAAGUUCGCCAGCUGCGUUUGCUGGCUCCGGCAACGUCAUCCCAACAAAGCCUUCCGGUGAUAUAGGAGAUCCUAUCACACUUAGCAGCAGAGGAAUCAAUUUAUCACUCCGCUAUAAAAGCGAUGAGCAGGGGGGCUCGGGGCUUGCUAUUCUCGAAUGCACUCGGAUAAAGGAGAAGAAUAAACGGCUCGCGAUCCGUCUGAAGGAUGUUCUCUUAACAAAUCAAAACUUUACGAGAGAGCGAAGCUCGGAACUGGAAGUGCUAGACCUAGCAGAAAAUUUUCUCAAGUAUUACCCUAUGAAAUCCUUAUAUGUCAGACCAUGGCGUUCGGUGCGUCACAGGAAGCAGGGAAACGUGGGGAAAUGCGCAGUCAGGUUCAAAGGCGUAGAGAAAGAGGACAUAGCCUCCUGUACAGUCUAUCAGUGCUCCGGCUGGGGGUUUCAUGACGAGCUGAUCAUUACGACCACGGAACUUCCCACCGAUGGCAUAAUUGGUCGACUGGUGGUGUUAGACAAAGAGAGAAAUUCGUUUCAGAUAGUUCUGAAGAGGUCUGGAGGACUCCUUUUCGUGGACAUCCACAAUAGUCUCCAAGUGCAUCAUACACCGUCUCAGGAUCUAGAACAGCAGCAAUACGAGCGAGACCAAAUUGCGAGUGUCCUCGACAAUGGGCAGUACAUAUAUGCAGCAAUUGAUAAGCGAACUUUCAUGCUGCAUGGCGAAAGGCAUAUUCUGGAAGUCGUGGAAAUAGGUUACCCUGUCGGCUCUGCGCAGGUAUGGCUUCAGCAAGUGGCAGUACUCGAAGGAUAUAUUGAAGAAGAAACGUUACUGUCGCAUGCAGCAAGACGAGGAUCUGAAGCGGUCAUACAGCUGCUUCAUGAGACAAAUAAAUGUGCGAGCGAUUUCAAACCCGAAAUCGGAUUGGCAUCUUUGACAUUAGCUGCCAAGAACGGACAUGAAGGCGUGGUCAAAUUGCUCCUUCAGAGGGAGAUUGACUCUCAACCAUUGCUCCGUUUUUCUGAUUUUUCUUAUGAUAAGUCUAUGACAGUCUUGUCAUACGCUGCCCAGAUCGGAAAUGAGGCGGCAGUUCAAUUACUGCUUGAAAGAGGUGCUGACAUAGAGUUUGCAUCUUGUAAUACUCCGUCAGCGCUGUCAAUAGCGGCUUCUAUGGGACACGAAGCAGUGGUCAAACUGCUUCUUGAUAUGGGUGCUGAUCCUAACUCCAAAUCUGGUAGCAGUAACAUGACACCGCUGCUGUUUGCUACCAGCAUGAGAUACAGCGCUGUCAUUAGCAGCCCAGAAUGGGAAUGUAGCAAUGGUCGAGGUACUGCUUGA